CCCGUCAUGGGUCGUGUUCCGCUGGCCAGCCCCCUUACCACGCCGGCGGCAGCUCCCGACUCCGCCCCAGAAAAGGCAGUUUCUGUAACCAAAUCGCCAAAGGCUCUGGCCGACAUGAGGAAAACCCUUGAUUCCACCUUCGCCACAUACAUGGCCAAGUUCUCCUCUAGUAUCACGUCCAUUGUCUCCUUCACGCUGAACACGAGGCUGGCUCUACAGGACAUCAAACUGUUGCUUCUCCGAUUCGCGCACGGCCGCUCGUUCCAUGGCGAAACUGGAGGUGGAGCUCGCGAGAGCAACCUCAACCUUCUGCCCUAUAUGAUGCAGGAUAUUGUCAUACCUUCGGUGAAUGAUGCUUCGGCCUCGGACGAGUCUGAAUCCUGGCGUUCGGCUCUGUCCGAGUACAUUCGUGCAUCGGACGAGGAACUGCUGAAUGCUACACCAAAGUUAUUGUCUUUCCUGGAGUCAGAUCUCUCUCCUGUGGAAUCAAUCGCGGAAUUUUUGGAUGUUAUCGGCGUAAUCGGUGAUGUCGAUCCAGGGGAUCUUGAACAGUUGGCUUUCAGUGGGAAAGUGGCAUCAUAG